AUGGCGCCACCCGCUGCGGCCGUCGUGGGAGCUAGGUCCUCCGCGCAGAGUCACCAGGUCGCAAGAGAAAAAGGGGAGCUGGCGCGGCUCUCGGGGCUGCCGGUCCGUGGCCUCCCCGCGCGUUUGCUGGAAGAACCCGAGGCGCCCUCGAGGACUGCUGGGCCCGAGGCCAAGUCGCGGGGGCGGCCUCGGCUGCGCUCGGAGCAGCAGCGCUGCGACGCAGAGGCCUGGGGAGGCCUCCACCGACCACCCAAGGCCGCGCAGUCUCGGCGCCCCACACCCCGGGUCACACCCGGAAGGUCCAGGGCCCCCGCGUCCGGCCACGCCAUCCGCCCGGCGGCCCAGGAGACCCGGCAGCUGGGGUCAGCCCGGCCUCGCCCUGCGCUCCCGCCCGCCCUUUCCACGCUCGCUCCCGGCGGGGGCGGAGGCCUGGGUCACCUCCUGCAGACUCCGCGCGUUGGGUGGCCGCUGAACGUCGCGCCUGGUGGCGGACGCAACUCGCUUCGGCCAUCUCUCCUAGGGGGAUCCCCGGACCCCAGCUUGUCCCCACAGCGGGGCGCGCAGGGCGAGUGGCAGGGCCACGUGGGGCGCGCCGGGCGGGCCAGGGACCGCGGCGCCUUCUUGAAGGGUAGCGGGGCGCGGGGCCAGGCUCCGCCCCAGAGGGCGGGGCGCUCGAGGGCCAAUGGGGACCCGGUGCUGCCCGGACUGGCCUGCAGGCUGCUGAGUGAGACGGAGAAGCGGCCGUUUGUGGAGGAGGCAGAGCGGCUGCGUGUGCAGCACAAGAAAGAUCACCCCGACUACAAGUACCAGCCACGCCGCAGAAAGAGCAUGAAGCCGGGCCACGGGGACGCAGACUCGGGCGCCGAGCUGGGCCACCCCCCGGGCGGCGGAGGUGGCAUCUACAAGGCCGAUGCUGGCCUGAGCGACGGGCAUCACCACGGCGAGCAUGCAGGGCAGACCCACGGGCCGCCCACCCCGCCCACCACCCCCAAGACAGAUCCGCACCACCCAGGCGGGGGUGGGGGCAGCAGCAAACAGGAGCUGAAGCUGGAGGGCCGCCGCGUGGUGGACGGUGGCCGCCAGAACAUCGACUUCAGCAACGUGGACAUCUCAGAGCUAAGCAGCGAAGUUAUUAGCAACAUGGACGCCUUCGACGUCCACGAGUUCGACCAGUACCUGCCGCUCAACGGCCACUCGGUCUUGGCUGCUGAGCCCAGCCAGGCGGCUGCCAGCUCCUUCAGCAGCGCCUCCUAUUCACCCGCAGGGGCGGCCGGCCUGGGGGCUUCCCCAGUAUGGGCGCACAAGGGGCCCUCGUCGGCCUCUGCAUCGCCCACCGAGGCGGGCGCCCAGAGGCCCCACAUCAAGACAGAGCAGCUGAGCCCAAGCCACUACAGUGACCAGGCCCACAGCAGCUCGCCGGGCCGUGCCGAAUUCGGCUCUUACAGUGCGCAGGCCUGUGUGGCCACGGCGGCCCCCGGGGUGGCCACCGGCUCCUUCUCGGGCUCCCAGUGCGACUACACCGACCUGCAGGCCUCUGGCUACUACGGCACGUACCCUGGCUACCCGUCCAGCCUGUACCAGUACCCCUACUUCCACUCCUCCCGCCGGCCCUACGCCUCGCCCCUGCUCAAUGGCUUGUCCGUGCCCACCGCCCACAGCCCCACCAGUAACUGGGAGCAGCCUGUGUACACUACACUGACCCGGCCCUGAGGGGCUCCCCUACUGCUGACCGAGGUGAAGAGAGAACUGGGGAGGGAGUGGGACCCUUUCUUGACCAGGAAAAACUGUCUGGUGAGGCGUCUUUGGGAUGACCCUGGCUUACGAGGGCUGGGGGGUGGAGGGUGGGGGAGGCAGCUGCUGGAAUCUCAGAGACACCCCCACCCCACCCCACCCCCGUGCUCCAGGCUCCUGAGGUCCGGCCCCUCUGUCCUCAGCUCUCGGAGGUGGCAGAAGAUGAAGGAUGGCCACCUGGUCGUCGCCCCUCGAGGACCUGGGACACCAGCUUGUUGGCUUUGCAUCUGGGUUGAUGUGGGGACACGGUGUAUCCAAGAGUCCGUUUGGAGGUCCCUGGAGUCUCUGGGACUGGCAGACGGUGUUACCGUGGCGACGGAUCUGCCCAGUGGCAAGCAUCCCGGGGACGACAGUGGCUGUUGUCGCCACGGCUCUCCCAAGCAAGGUUUGGUUGUGCUCAACACUCCUUUCUGUUUCUGUUGUUUCAAAAAAAAUACAAAAAACCCCAAUUCUUGGAAGCUUCGAAGUGCUUGGUGCGCCUUGGACGCUGUUAGAAAUGUAUCUCUGCUCUGUCUUUUGUUUCUAUUAAUGAACAAAGUCGUUCGUGCAAACGAGUAGGAGCUGGUAGCUGGACUGGAAGGUGGGGGUGGCACCCACGCCUCUGGGCAAGUCCCCCGGGAGCUGGGCUCAUGCCGCAGCCCCUUCAGGACCUCGGAGGCUGGGGGCAUGACCUCAGCGAGGUAGGCCUUGUGCAGGCCCCCACCAAGAGGCCCCCAGACCCGCUUGUCUGGGGAAGGGUGGCCACAGAGAACCCUCACCGGAGUGUUUCGGAGCCAGGCGCCACUUACCAAGCUGUGAAACGAUAGCAUCCCCCACUGAACAGGCUCCUCCUUUCCCUAGCUGUUGGAUGGACAGUACCCGAGUCUCACGUACCGCCUGCACCGGAAAUGGAGCUUGCGAUAACCACCUCCUUCACAGAUAACUGUGCCUUGAAACCUUUGUACAUUUAAACACGGGAGAGGUGGCUCCUCCUUUGGACUUUUUCUAUUUGUUCCCACCUUUUUUUCCCCUUCCCUAAAACAACAACAACAACAACAACAAUGAACACACACACACAUCCCCCACCUCCACACAUUUUUUUACGUUGUUGCUUUCUCGUAAUUCUCUCUUGGGGAGGGGAGGCCAACAGGUGGGCGAGGGGGAGGU